GCUUCCUCUAGUUUUAACGACCAAAAAAGUUUCCUUCCUUCCUUCCAUACCCAUUUCGCUCUUUCCAAAGGGCAAACGGAUAAGAUCGUCUUCAUACUUCAUUUCCAAAUUUUUCUCCGUCUCCUCAGAGAGAGUUCGCUCCAGCUCAAGAUUCAAAUCCGGGGGUAAGACUUUCGUUCGAGUUCCAGAAUGGAAUCGGAAUCAACGAAUUCAACAUCUCAAUCGGAAUCGCAAUCUCCGGCAAAAGUUUCCGAUCAAAAAACACCUGCAAAAGCUACUGAUGUUGAACCUUCCAAGGGCGACGAUAUCAUUCCUGCUCCACCAAUGGCCAGUACAAGCAGUGUUUCUAAAAAUGAGUCACCAUUGUCUGUGUUGACUCCAUCUGGCAUAUCAUCUUGGGCUAGGAAUUUGAGACUUCCAGAGCCUGUAGCGCCAGGGGAGAGUUCGCAGAAAGCAAGUGCUGGAACUUCAGCUUUUUCGCGCCUCACCAGUGGACUUGGAUUGCGUUUGCCAACAUCAUCAUCUCCUCCAGCAGCAGGUGAUAAGAUUGAAGAAAACUCCAUAGCUGCACAAGGUGGUGUUCUCCUUGAAUCAUUGACUAAAGGUUUGGUUGAUUCGUCACGGAGUGCGGUGAAGGCUAUGCAGGUGAAAGCACGCCAUAUUGUCUCUCAAAAUAAGAGAAGAUACCAGGAGGGAGAAUUUGACUUGGAUAUGACUUAUAUCACUGAGAAUAUAAUUGCUAUGGGGUUUCCUGCUGGUGAUCUAAGCUCUGGAUUUCUUGGAUUCUUUGAGGGCUUCUAUAGAAAUCACAUGGAAGAAGUAAUCAAGUUUUUUGAAACUCAUCACAAAGGGAAAUACAAAGUAUACAAUCUUUGUUCAGAGAGGCUGUAUGAUGCAUCACUUUUUCAGGGAAAGGUUGCAAGUUUCCCAUUUGAUGACCAUAAUUGCCCCCCUCUUCACCUCAUAACUUCUUUUUGUCAAAGUACAUACUCAUGGUUGAAGGAGGACAUUGAGAAUGUGGUAGUUGUUCAUUGUAAAGCCGGUAUGGCAAGGACAGGAUUAAUGAUUUGCAGUCUUCUUUUAUUUCUUAAGUUUUUCCCAAUGGCCGAGGAGGCCAUCAAUUACUACAACCAGAAAAGAUGUGUGGAUGGCAGAGCUCUGGUUCUUCCAAGUCAGAUUAGGUACGUAAAAUACUUUGAGCAAAUCCAAACAGACUUCAAUGGAGAAAAUCAGCCUGGACGAAGGUGCAUGCUAAGGGGUUUCCGGCUUCACAACUGUCCUUAUUGGAUUAGGCCCUCCAUCACCAUCUCCAAUCAUAGUGGAAUUCUGUUCUCUACAAGAAAACAUCCAAAAACUAAGGAUUUGAUGCCAGAGGAUUUUUGGAUCAAGGCACCAAAGAAAGGCAUGGUGGUCUUUGCUCUACCAGGGGAGCCAGGCCUGACAGAAUUAGCUGGUGACUUCAAAAUUCAUUUUCAUGACCAUCAAGGAGAUUUCUACUGUUGGUUAAACACAACACUGACGGAGAACAGAAAAAUAUUGAGUUCCUCUGAUCUUGAUGGUUUUGACAAGAGAAAGCUACCCUCCCCCGGUUUCCUGGCUGAAAUCGUGAUGAUAGACUAUGAUGGUACUCAACCAACAAAACCUAAAACAGUUUCUGCUAACAAGGAAACGAAUAGUAACUCAGGCUCUGCCCAGAGGGGAAAUGCAGUCAAUUCAAAUCAAAGCAAAGAUGAUGAUGUAUUCUCAGAUAGUGAUGGAGAGGAGAAAUUUGGGGCUUCAAAAAGCAGGCAGACUCAAGUUGCUGCUGGAGUUGGAGCUGCAGUGCCCAGACCUGCAAAUGAGCAAAUAGGGAAUUUAUCACACGAAACUAGUAAGUUAGCACUCAAAAGUGAGGAAGCCACGUCAAACAGUGCCUCUAGACAACCGAAUACCAAUGCAGCUGCCAAACCUGCCCCGGCAAUUGAGAUCCCCAAUCUAGAGGCAACUGACAUCAAAGCAAUUGCUGCUGAUGCUUCAGUUUUUUCUUUCGGAGAUGAUGAAGAAUUUGAAAGUGAUUAAAUUAACGAAGAAUUGUUGGCACUGUUGCUGAAAGAAAUUCAAUGAGGAACACCACGCAGAGGAACACCUCCGCAGAAGAAUUAUAAAACAUAUGGAUGUAACAGAAUUUGAGAUCAAGAUAUUUCAUUGAAUUCAAUUCUUUCAUUUAGGGAAAAUCCCAUCAUUUGUUUAUACUAAUAUUGUCGAAUAUGGUGUUAGACUAGAAGUCACCAAGAAGUAGUUGGAGCAGGGCUAUCCUGCAGUGGAUUUACAGAUUCAUUUUGUGAAAAUGAUAAGUAACAUAUUUUUUUGAGCUUGGGCUCUUUGAGAUUUAGAAAAUAGAGGCUGUUGUCUUUGAAACUUUGAAAUGAAUGGAACAUUUUGCA